AAAGGCGACAUAUAGGGGUUACUUUUGUCGGCGGCGUCUGUGUCGGCGUCGUUGUCGGCGUCCUCUGAAGCUUGUCCAGAGCAUAACUUAGUCACUAUAGUUCGGAUUGACUUCAAACUUUGUAUGCAUGCUUCUUUCAAUAACCCGAAGUGCAGUGCAUAAGAACCAGUACUCUGCACUUCUUAAUUUUUGAGUUAUUGCCCUUUGUUAAUUUUCAUACUUUAAUUUUGUCCGACACAUUUCUCUUCAACUAUAAAAGCUAUGGACUUUAAACUUCAUAGGAUUAUAGAUCUCAUUAAGAAGAAGUGCAGUGCACAAGAACCAGUACUUUGCAUGUCUUAUUUUUUGAAUUAUUGCCCUUUGUUAAUUUUCAUACUUUAUUUUUGUCCGACACAUUUCUCUUUUAACUAUAAAACCAAUGGACUUUACACUUCAUAGGAUGAUAGAUCUCAUCAAGAAGAAGUGCAGUGCACAAGAACUGGCACUCUGUUUUUCUUAUUUUUUGAGUUAUUGCCCCUUGUUAACAUUCUGUCCAUCUCCAGUAAUAAUCCUAUUAUUGAUCAGCAGGUACCGUUUUCAGUUACUGUUUUAGUCUCUGCCUAAUCUGAAAAAAACUUGCAGUGCUAGUGAAUUAUGUAUUUUAGGGUUGAAUGAAUCUGAUAAUAAUAAUAAUAAUAAUGAUAAUAAAAGAAAAAAAUUGCCAGUAAUAUGACGAUACUCUUAAUUAUGAAUCCUAUUAUGGAUCAGCAGGCACCAUUUUCAGUACUAUUUUAGUCUCUGCCUAACCGGAAAUAGUGUGCAGUCAAAAUGGUGGAUAUUUUGGUUGCUUGUGAAUUAUGUAUUCUAACUUCCAUGAUAAAUUUGAUGAACAUUCUUCACAAAAGCAGUCGUGUGUUAAUAGCUUUGAUCAUAUUGAAUUCAAAGAUAUUUUUUAGAACAACAAAUGGCAAGUUUAGGUAAGAUUAUGUAAAAAAUAAUGAUCAUGAUUUAAUAUGAUUUUUCUCGUGAAUCAAGAUGAUCUGUUAUGUUUUAUAUUUAUACAUAUUUGUUUUAUAUUUAUAUUUAUCUAUGUAUAUUGUUCACAAAUAUUUUUUUUUCUAAAAAAUGUGAAAUUUGUCUUCAAAAUACAUCAUACGAAAAGCUGAAAUUGCUGUAUCGAGUGAAAAUGAUUUCCAGUCAACUCGUCACUUUUUUGGUCAAAUCGUCCUGUGGUCAACUCGUCCUAAAUAGCUAUGGACUAGAAAUUUACGACGAAAUAGGAGGAAAUAUCUCAUUGUCAGGAAGUGCAAAGCACAAGAAUUGGAAAUCAGUUUUCUUGUCCGUGGUCAACUUGUCAAUUUUUGGUCAACUCAUGUCAUGGUCAACUCGUCCCCUAAAUAGCUAUGGACUAGAAAUUUACAACUAAAUAGGAGGAAAUAUCUCAUUGUGAGGAAGUGCAAAAGCACUAGAAUUGGAAGUGAGAUUUCUUGCUUUAUGCUGCAUAACUAGAACUCAGCAAGUCAAAGUAAAAGAUGUCAUUGAGAAAAGUGGACAAUACCUACGAAUGAGAAGUCACUUAAUGCUUACCAGAACUCGGCAAGUCAAACUGUUGCGAGAACUCUGUGAAUCAAACUUGUGCUGGAUAACUGGAACUACGCAACUCAAAUUGAUGUCUGGUGACAGAUUAUGCAAAAUAUGAGCAAUUUGCCAAUGUUCAAUGUGAUUUUGAUGGUUCAAUCUGGUCCUACUGUGCUUCUUUAUUUAGAUUUGUUUUCUAAAUUUUUGUCAAGAGUUUCAUUCCAGGUUCAAAACAAGCUUCUAUAUUGAGGUACCUCUAAAUGUAAAGAGGUAUUGGUUCAUUGACUUAAGAAAAAAAAGGUAACAGAUAUUGUUAAUGCAGCAUGAAUCGAGCUAAACGCCAGAAAGACAAGCUAAGGAAACAGGGACAGAGGGCUUUACAUAGACAAACAUUCUCAAGCCCCAUUAACAUUCAUCUUGAAGAAGAUUUAUCACCAUCAACUAUAUCACGCAAUGGAACCGUUUUAGAGAGUCAGUCCACGACGUCUGCUCCAUCAAAAGAAGACAAUCCAAUAGAUUAUACUGGCAGGACGGGCACACAUGUAUCAACUGGGGCUGUUUCACAAGCAGAACAACAAUAUGAAGCUGUCUCCAGUACAUCAAUAGAUCCCUAUCGUGUAUCUUCUCUAAUUGGUGAUGGGAGUACAAGUCUACCGGAUGACAUUAUACAGAUGGCAAUUAAUCUCAUGAAGGCUUUUUCGCCAACAGCUCUUCAGGACUAUAUUGGAUACUAUACCGUGGCUGAAUUAGUGCUCCAGACAACCUUAAAGGACCAGCUUUUCACUAAACCUGUGAUACCAAUGAACAAGUUUUCAAUUAACAUCCAUCCAUUGAACAAUCAUUGGGUUACCUCAUGCCAACAUCCUAACUUGAAUGAAAUUCAUAUUUAUGACUCUUUAAUGACUCAAGAUCACUUAAGAGAAGUAACACAACAGAUCAAACUUAUCUUUGGAGAUGGUGGUGUGCAGAGAAUAAAAUAUAAAAAAGUGACACAACAGUCCUCAUCCCCAAUAUGUGGAGUGAUGGCAAUUGCUUUUGCCUUUUCGUGUUUUCUCGGUGUGAAUUGUGAAAGCCAGUUUGACAUUAAAAGAGCCCGCUAUCAUCUGAGACAGUGUAUGCUUGCACAGGAAAUAAGGCCUUUUCCUCUGCAAAAAUCAUUAGAGGCAGCCUUAACUACUGAAUGCAGAAUUGAUGACUAUUUGAAAGAUCAAAACUUAAGAACAAUGCAUCAUGUAUCUCAAACAAGUAAAACAAAAUCAGAUGUAGUUAAAGAGAACUGCAAUAAAAUAAACCCUACUAUCAACAGUACAAUUGAAAAUGAAAGAAAAAUGAAAGAAAGAGAGAAAAAAAGAAAGUCCAGACUAAAUCCAGACUAUAAAAAACGUGAACAAGAGCUAAGAAAGCAGGCUAGGUCCAAUCCCGAGAAGAGAAAGUUAGAACAAGAGCUCAAAAGGAAGGCAAGGUCCGAUCCUGCAAAGAAAAAACGUGAACAAGAACUGAGUAGGCAGGCGAGGUCUAAUCCCGAAAAGAGAAAGUGUGAACAAGAGCUUAAAAGGAAGGCAAGGUCUGAUCCGGAAAAGAAAAUACAUGAACAAGAACUAAGAAAGCAGGCUAGGUCCAAUCCCGAGAAGAGAAAGUUAGAACAAGAGCUCAAAAGGAAGGCAAGGUCCGAUCCUGCAAAGAAAAAACGUGAACAAGAACUAAGAAGACAGGCUAGGUCCAAUCCUGAAAAGAGAAAGUGUGAACAAGAGCUUAAAAGGAAGGCAAGGUCUGAUCCGGAAAAGAAAGUACAUGAACAAGAACUAAGAAAGCAAGCUAGGUCCAAUCCCGAGAAGAGAAAGUUAGAGCAAGAGCUCAAAAGGAAGGCAAGGUCUGAUCCGGAAAAGAAAGUACAUGAACAAGAACUGAGUAGGCAGGCGAGGUCUAAUCCCGAAAAGAGAAAGUGUGAACAAGAGCUUAAAAGGAAGGCAAGGUCUGAUCCGGAAAAAAAAGUACAUGAACAAGAACUAAGAAGGCAGGCUAGGUCCAAUCCCGAAAAGAGAAAGUUAGAACAAGACCUUAAAAGGAAGGCAAGGUCCAAUCCGGAAAAAAAAGUACAUGAACAAGAACUAAGAAUGCAGGCGAGGUCUAAUCCUGAAAUGAGAAAGUUAGAACAUGAGCUCAAAAGGAAGGCAAGGUCUAAUCCUGCAAAGAAAAAACGUGAACAAGAACUAAGAAAGCAGGCUAGGUCCAAUCCUGAAAAGAGAAACCAUGAACUAGAACUAAGAAGGCAGGCUAGGUCCAAUCCCGAAAAGAGAAAAUGUGAACAAGAUCUAAAAAAGAAAGCAAGAUCCAAUCCUGAAAAAAGACAACGUGAACAUGAUAUACGUAAAAAGGCCAGGCAAAAUCCUUACUCAAAGUUUACUGAACUUGACAAAAGAAGGCAGUCAAGAUUAAAACCAGAGAAAAAUUUCUCUGAGGAAGGGCUCAAAAAAAAUAUUGGAAAAAGACCAGAAUUUACUUGA